AGAGAGAGAGAGAAAGAGAGAGAGAGAGAAUAAAAAAACAGUGUUGCAAAUGAGAGACUAAAGAGGAACGUGUGAUGGAGUGAGGGAGGUGGUGGUGGUGCCGGUGGCGGAGGUGGUGGUGGAGGUGGUGGUGACAGUGGCGUGAGACCCUGGCUGGCUGGCUGACUGGCUGGCUGAGACACCGACAACAACAACACUCCAUAAUCAGAGCCGCUGCACGCCCUGCCAAGAAGCUGACUAGCACGCCGAGGGGACUCACUGGUGCCUAGGCGGUCUGUCACGUAAGGCAAGAGGUGCUUGGAGACGCAGACUGGUUAAAAUUGGCUGUUCUUUGGCUGCUGUUGUAUCCACCCGCCAGCCGGUCUCACUUCCGACUGGACCAAGCUCUUGAAGGCACUCAGUAACAUCGCCGCCUUCGAAAGUGACACACGGGCUGACUUCUUCUCCUCCUCCUCGUGGUGACUUUACUAGUGACUUCGCAGCUCCCAUUCCAAGCUCUUGAAGAAACCCCGUAACCUCGCCAGACCUCGGCAGAUUUCUCCUUUGCCUUCUCCUCCUGGUGAAGACUUUCCUAGUGGAUUCGCGGCUCCCACUUCAGUUAUCCGUGAUGGUACCAACAAGCUCUUGAAGUCACCCAGUAACAUCGCCUCCAAGUUGACACACGGGCAGACUUCUCUUCCAUCUCCUCCUUCUGGUGAAGUAAUUUCCAGUGGCUUCGCGGCUCCUCCUACAGUUGUCCCCGGUUCGCUGGCUUCCGGCACGCACCAAAGACAGCUAUGAGGCACCGAGCAGCGAGCCAACCCUUCCUGACGCUGGUGCUCAUAGGCGCGGCGGGGCUGGUGCUGGCCGUGCCCUCCCCUCCCCCGCCGCCCUUGGCCACCCCCCGCCCUGAGUUGCUCGCCCUCUUCCAAGACUACUGGCACUGGAAGACUCAGGACUACCCGCAGUUUGCCACGCAGGUUGGCAUCAACGACAACACAGCUGGUCGCCUCGACUCUUUAAGCAUGAAGCACUUCGAAAGCAGGAAGGCCAAAUGUGAGGAGUUCCUACAACGGGCCUAUGAGAUCGACACCAGCCUGCUGUCGCCUGAUGACCUGGUGAACCUCAAGGUGUUCAAGGACGAGAUGAUCACCUUCAUCGACAACUUCCCCUACAUGAAGUACUAUGCUCCCGUCAACCUAAUGGACGGGCCACAGAUCAACUUCAGGAAUAUGGUGCAGAAACAGAUGGUGCUGCAGGAGUACAACGACUACCAGAAGCUGCUGUCACGGUACGGAGAGUUCCCGCGGCAGGCACAGGAGAUCCUCGCACUACUCAAAGGCAACAUCGAAAGCGGCCUCAUGCCCUCAAACUGGUCCUUGGUUGGGGUGGUGGACCAGCUGGACAGCUUCAGCGGCGCUGUGGAAGACUCGGUGUUCUACAAGCCAUUCAUUCACAUGCCCCACACCAUCACCACAGAACAAAGAACCACGCUGAGGCAGCAGGCGCAGGAAAGGAUCAAGCAGGACCUGAUGCCCUCCUUCAAGAAGAUCCGGGACUUUAUAGUGAGUGAAUACCUGCCGGCCACUCGUAGUGAGGAGGCGGUGACGUCCCUGCCCGGCGGCGAGGACUACUACCGGGCGUGUCUCAAGUUCCACACCAGCACCAACCUGACACCGCAGGAGAUACACACGCUGGGCAUGACAGAGGUGGCCCGGGUGGAGGAGGAGGCACAGAAGACCGCAGCAGAGAUUGACAUGGAGGGCAAGACCUUCGCGGAGAUCAGCCAGGCCCUCAAGGCAGACACCAGCUUUGGGUUCAGCAGCAAGAGUGAGCUUCUGGACUACAUCAGGCACACCCUCUACAGUGUGAUCUACCCGCGAGUGUUUGAAAUGUUCCCUGAUCUGCCAUCCACCAAUGUCACAGUGGAGGGAAACGACGACCCCAAUGCAGUACUGGCAAAGUACUCGUCAUCAUCCAUAGAUGGCACGCGGCCUGGCACCUACGUCAUCAGCACUCACAAUCCAGCCCGGUGGAAGAAGUUUGAGCUGAUGGCGGUGACCCUACAUGAGGCAGUGCCCGGCCAUCACUUGCAGUCCAUCUACGGAGAAAAUAAUCCUUCUACACCAAACUUCAGGAAAUUCGCGGACUUCACUUUCGGACUCAACGCUCCAGCAAGGUUCCCACCACACAAUGUCUUUGUGGAGGGCUGGGGACUAUAUGCAGAGUUUCUUGGGGAGGAACUGAACCUCUACAGAGAUCCCUACGAGAAACUGGGGCGCUACUCCUUUGAGCUGCUGCGAGCCAGCCGUCUGGUGGUGGACACGGGGAUACAUGCGCUGGGCUGGUCCAGGGACAGGGCCAUGGCCUUCCUGCAAGACCACACUGCCUUGGCCAAAGAGACCAUUGGGAUGGAGGUCAACAGAUACAUCACAUAUCCAGGCCAGGCCUGUGCUUACAAGAUAGGAGAGAUCAAGAUCAAAGAGCUGCGGCAGAAGGCCCAGAACGCCCUCGGUAGUCU